AUGUCUAAUCAUUGUGAGAACGAAGAAAUUUACAAACAAGUUAAAUUUGAAACAAGUAAAGAUUUAAAAGAUUUAUAUUUACAAACUAUUAAAGAUAAUUUGAUAGAAAAAUAUCAUCAUAAAUUUGAAUUUAAAAAUCACACGAUCAUAUUUAAAUAUGAAAAUGAAGAAUAUAUUAUUG